AGCUGAUUGUACCCUUACGCAAAGUGUCACGGCGAGGUCUGCUGCGUCCGCGGUCUUCGCGAACACUGGCAACGGCAAGAACGCAGGAGGAGCCGGGAAGGCUGCUGCUGGCGCUGCUGCAGCUGGCAAGGGCGGUAACGCUGGAGCUGCUGCAGCCGCUAAGGGCGGUAACGCUGGAGGUGCAGCGGCCGCCAAGGGCGGUAACGCCGGGGCCGCUGCAGCCGCCAAAGGUGGCAAUGCCGGGAACAACAACAACAACAACGGCAAUGCUACUGCUGCCGCUGCUGCCGGUAACAACGGCAACAACAACGGCAAUAACAACAACAACGGGCAACAACAACAACAACGGCGGUGAUCAGAGCUCGCUGACGCUCGACCCUCAGCUAGUCCAGACCGGCUUCGAGCAGGAUGGUCAGGGCGCUGACGCGGACCCAGGGCAGGUAGCAUCGGCCACGUCGAACAACAACUUCAUCAACUACUGCGGCACGACCAACCUCCCCCUCACGAACGGCACGCAGAUCAAGACUGGUUCGUGUAAUGCCGCACCAAUGGGUAUGAUCGCCGCGACGACCGCGAUGCCCUCGUCGAAGUUCGUCAACCCGAAGAACCUCGACACGGUCCCGGCGAACCAGAACAUCACCAUCCAGAUGGCGAUCAGCAACCUCGACACCGGUAACUUCGUCAACCCGAACACGAACUACUUCUCCGCGCCCCAGCAGACCUCCUCGAGCGGUGUCAUCCAGGGCCACUCGCACGUCGUCGUCGAAGCGAUCGACUCGCUCACGAGCACGGCCACCACGGACCCGACGAAGUUCGCCUUCUUCCAGGGGUUCAACGACGCAGCGCAGAACGGUAUCCUCUCCGCAACCAUCGCUGGUGGUCUUCCCGAGGGCGUGUACAAGAUGUCCUCCAUCAACUCCGCCGCCAACCACCAGCCUGUCCUCGUCGCCGUCGCGCAGCACGGUUCCCUUGAUGAUGCUGUCUACUUUACCGUGUCAAACAACGGUGGUGGCAACAACAACGCCGGCGGUAACAACAACAACGCCGGCGGAACAACAACAACGCCGGCGGCAACAACAACAAUGCCGGCGGCAAUGGUAAUGCGGCUGCCUCUGCCUCUGCGGCCGCUGCCUCUUCGUCUGCAGCAGCGGCGUCGAACAACGGUGGCAAGGGCAACGCUGGUGCCGGUGCUGCUGGCGCGAAGGGUGGUGCUGCUGCCGGCGCGAAGGGUGCUGCAGCCGCCGGUGCUGGCGCGAAGGGUGGUGCUGCAGGCGCGAAGGCAGGUGCGGCAGCAGGCGCUGCUGGUGCAAAGGCUGGCGCCGCUGGUGCGAAGGGCAAGCGGUGGCUCUGGGAAUGAACGACCACCGUCGUGCCGUGACAGCUGCCCGUCGUGAUCCCGCUCGCGUGUUACCCCCUUCGUCUUCGUUCCCCAUCUGUAUCGCAUCUCCCUCUCGUCUGUACAAGUAGCGCUGUCU